AUGAUGUAUAAUGAUCUGAUGUUAUUCUAUUCUUUUUAUUUUUUUGCUAUAUUAUUAUUAUUAACUUAUGGUCAACAAACAAUAAUCUAUGUUAAACGUGGUGAUACAGUUGAAUUAUGUGACAAUCGUACAACAUUUAUUUAUGCUUAUGAAUAUCGUAGUUUUGAUGGUAAAAAAAAUUUAAUUAUUGAACCAACAAGACAUGAACGUUAUUCAAAUCCAUAUGGUACAAGUUUAUUACGAAUAAAUAAUGUUAUUGAAAAUGAUAGUGGUCAAUAUAAAUGUCCACAAGAUGAUAUUGAAUGGCAAAAACUUCAAGUAUAUGUACCCGUUCAACACGUAUACUUGACCAAUAUGCAUACAUCAACUCAUAUGCAUAAUAAUGAAUUUUGUGGAAAUGAAAAUAAUAAUUGUUUAGCUAUGAUUGAGGGUGAACCAUUGGAUAUUAUUUGUGCUGCCGAUGGUUCUCCUCGUCCUGCACUUGAUAUAUCAUUAGAUAAAAAUGGUACAAUACCAACAAUCAUGGCAUUAGCAAAUGGUAUCCAACCACCACCGAUUGUCAAUGAUCAAUUUAAAUCAAGUGUUUAUGAAGCCUAUCGUAUUAUUGGUUUAACACCAUCAGACAAUGGACGUAAUAUAACAUGUCAAGUUGAUAUGAAACAUAUUGAUAAAAAACUUAUUUUAUCAACAACAAAACAACUUUAUAUGGAAUUCCGUCCGAGUGUUGCUGAAAAAUCAAAAAAAAUCUAUUGUGGAAUAAAUCAAACACGUACAGUUAACUGUACUGUUAUACGUGCUAAUCCGAUAUAUAUACGGUAUUCAAUUAAUGGUUUAUCAUCAUCAAUUAUACAUCGAACAUAUGGUGAUCAACAUGAUUUUUAUUAUACAUUUGAUAUAACACCAACAUCAAUUGAACAUUUUCGUCCAUUUAAUGUAACAGCAAAUAAUAGUAUUGGUUUUGAUACAUGUACUUAUGAACUUCUUCAUGGAGGUGUACCCGAUGCAAUAACACAUUGUAAUGUUGAUACAUAUACUUCUAAUGUAACUAUAACAAUAAGUUGUAUAAAAAGUUAUGCACAAGGUGAUAAUGAUGGUUAUGCUUGUACAUUAUUUAAAUAUAAUGAUAAACCAAAUAAAAAAAUGUUUGAAGAAAUAGCUCGAACUAAAUCUUGUAUAUUUGCAUUAGAAAAUUUUCAUGAACCAGUUGAAUUUCGUGUUUCUGCUUUUAAUCGUUAUGGAUCAUUACCACCUAAUACUCAUGGUUAUAUUAUUCGAUUAAAUGAACCAAUAUUACAAAGAGAAACACCAUUUAUUAAUAGAAGAGUUAUGAUUAUUAUUGCAAGUAUAUUUGGUGGUACAAUUUUCUUAUUUUUUCUUUGUUGUCUUUGUGGAGCAUGUAAUCGUGAUCAAACCAAACUUGUACAUAAAGAUGAUUAUAAUCAUGCAACUAACGAUACAAUUGCACAUUUGGUUGCUAAUGGAAAUGAUAAACGUCUUCAUCAGAAUGGAACUGUUUAUGAUACUCCAGCACAAUUAAUAAAUGAUAAAUAUUCUCAUCCAACAUCUGCUUAUCAUCAACAAAAACUUCAACAAUAUACUGAUCGAGAUUCUAGCACAAGUAGUGUUAAUUCAAUACCAAUACGAACACGUACAGUUAAUAAUAAAUUUUAUGAUCAUCCUAUAAUUGAUAAUAAAUAUGGACCAUUAUCACCAACAACUAUGGUUGUACCAACAAUAAAAAAUGAUGAAGAAGAAGGUAAUGAAUCACCUGUUUAUUCAACAACAACUGAUGUUUUAUCAGAAAGUGGUUCAUUUCUUGUUCCAACAUCAUCAUCAUCAAAACGAUAUGUACCACCUCCACCUAAACCACGUUAUUCAACAUUAAGUUCACUUCGUUUACCAAUUGAAAAUCUCGAUAAAAGUCCAUUACCAUUACCUAAACCACGUUCACGUUCAAAUUCUCGUACACGUUUAAAUAAUCCUAAUUCUGAUAAUUCAUCAUUUUUAUAUGAAGAACGUCCUGUUUCAUCAACAGAUUCUGGUAUGGGUCAAUCAGAUGUUGUUUGUUUACCUAAUGGUGAUACUAUACGUUCAGGUCUUGUUAAAUCAAGACAAAAUAGUUUACAAAAACAUUAUAUUACACCAUCUUCUAUUCAACAACAAACAAGAUAUCAAACAUUAACAUCACCAAUUGUUCAUGGUACUGAAUGUUAA